AUGGCCUCGCCCUAUGACAGUGGAAGCCCUAGUCACACUGCCAUAGCACCGUCGUCACAACGACACAACACCGCCACAACACCGCCACAGAACCCCCAAAUCGGUACAAAUGACCAACUAGCACAACCCACAAAGCAGCGUCACCGAACCUAUGACCCAACCCACAAAUCGCCGUCAAUGGACCAAUCAAGGAUUAGUGUGAGAUUGAAAAACUCAAGUGAAAGUGAGUGCAUAGAGAGGGAGAGGCAAGCACUCCUCAGCUUCAAAGAAGAUCUCAUAGAUAACUUUGGAAUGCUCUCCACUUGGACCAAUAAUACUGAUUGCUGCAAAUGGAAACACAUUCAAUGCAAUAGUCAUACUACUCAUGUGGAACUACUUGAUCUUCAUGGAAACUACCCCUAUACACCGUAUUUGACAGGUGCAAUCAAUGUCACUUCAUUGAUUCACUUUCCAUUUAUUCAACAUCUAGAUCUCAGCCGUAAUUAUUUUGCACUGAGUUACAUCCCAGAGUCAAUGGGCUUCUUCACCAACCUAAGAUAUCUCGAUCUCUCUCGUUCUGGUUUUGCGGGUAGGAUUCCUUCGACACUUGGAAAUCUCUUACAACUACGCUAUCUAGAUCUUGGGAAAAAUGUUCUUUGGGGAAAAAUUCCCAUUGAGAUAGGGAAUCUGAAACACUUACAGUAUCUUGAUCUUGGACUAUUCUAUAUUUCCGGAAAAAUCCCAUUUCAAAUUGGAAAUCUCAGAAAGCUACAACAUCUGAGUCUAGGAAGUAAUAUUCCUCUGUAUGGAUGGAAAAAGCCAAAUUAUAUUUCAAAAUCCCUUUCUGGAGCAAUCCCUUUUCGCAUAGGGAAUCUUCCAUUCUUGCAUACUCUCCGACUGGUUGGCAAUUUUGACGUACAAGCUAAAGAUGCACAAUGGCUAUCUACUCUCCAUUCUUUAACCAUUCUUGAGCUGAGUUCAUUGCAUAGUCUAGUGGUUACAAACUAUCGCCUUCAUCUUCAAGAGCUUUAUCUUUCUCACAAUAAUAUAACCUUGUCAUCUUCUCUGUGUCCAAAUUUUCCAUCUCUUGAGAUCCUCGAUCUCUCUUACAAUAAUCUUGCAUCAUCGUUUCGAGCUAAUUUUAAUAUCAGCUCCAAACUACAAGAGCUUUAUCUUGAAAAUUGCAGUCUUAUGGAUGGAAAUUUCCUUCUUUCAUCUACUUCUACAAUGAAUUCUUUCUCCUCACUUCUCUUCCUUGAUCUCUCCAAUAACUUGCUAAAAUCAUCUCCAAUGUUUUACUGGCUUUUUAACUUCACCACCAAUCUGCAUUUCAUUGACCUUGAUGGUAACUUGUUAGAAGGUCCUAUUCCAGAUGAAUUUGGGAAAGCGUUGAACUCUCUUGAAUAUCUUUUAGUCUACAAUAACAAACUCCAAGGCAAGAUUCCAUCUUUCUUUGGGAGCAUGUGCAAAUUACAAAUAUUAGACCUUUCAAAUAACAAGUUAAGUGGUGAAUUUCCGAUCUUCACUCAAAAUUCUACAUGGUGCAGCAGACACAUAUUUCGGGAAUUGAACUUAUCUUAUAACCAAAUUUCUGGUAGGAUACCCGAGAGAAUCAAUCUGCUAUCUGAAUUGGAAAUUUUAUCGUUGCAGGGGAAUUCUUUAGAGGGUGAUGUAACUGAAUCUCAUCUUUCUAAUUUUUCCAAAUUAUUUUUCUUAGACUUGUCGCAUAACUCAUUAUCUGUAAAAUUUGGCUCUAGUUGGGUUCCUCCAUUUCAAUUACAUUUCUUGCUUCUUGCAUCCUGCAAUGUAGGACCAAGUUUUCCUAGUUGGAUCCAGACUCAAAAUUCCUUAAUCCAACUAGAUAUAUCUGAUAAUGGGCUGAAUGAUGUCGUACCAGACUCGUUUUGGACCAAGUUGCGAAUUCUGUACACUUUAAAUAUGUCUCACAAUAAUAUCAUUGGUUCAAUUCCUAAUAUGAAAUUGAAGCUUUCUUUCAGACCAUAUAUAAAUUUAAAUUCAAAUAGAUUUGAGGGAAAAGUUCCAUUUUUUUUGCUACAAGCUUCCGAGUUGUUACUCUCAGCAAAUAAAUUUUCAGAUUUAUUUUCAGUCUUAUGUGGAAACGUCACAACUACAAAUUUGGCCACUUUAGAUUUAUCAAAUAAUGAAAUAAAGGAACAACUUCCAGAUUUUUGGAAAUAUGUACACCGAUUGUUGUUUCUUGAUUUAAGCAACAAUCAAUUGUUAGGGAAGAUUCCUAUCUCCAUAGGAACCCUUAUGAAAUUGGAAGUUUUGGAUUUACGAAACAAUAGUUUAAUGGGUGAAUUGCCUUCGUCUUUGAAGAAUUGCAACAAUUUAAUUAUGAUGGAUGUGAGUGAGAAUAUGCUAUCCGGUCGAAUACCAUCAUGGGUUGGAGAAAGCAUACAACAAUUGAUAAUCUUGAUCAUGCGAGGGAAUCACUUCUCUGGAAAUCUUCCCUUUCAUAUAUGUUAUUUGAAGCGUAUUCAAUUGUUGGAUCUUUCCAAGAAUAAGUUUUCAGAAGGCAUUCCAACGUGCUUGAACAAGUUUAAAGCAUUGUCUGAAGAAAACAUCGACAGAACUGAGAUUGAGAGUCGUAUUCAUUGGUACAAUACUACUUAUUAUGAAAAUUAUGGUGUUUACACUGAUGGUUCUUAUGCGCUUCAAGUAAUAUGGAUGUGGAAAGGUGUGGAUCGUAGCUUCAUACAUCCGGAAUUGAUUCUUCAGAGCAUUGAUCUCUCGGGUAAUAAUUUAACAGGUGAAAUACCAAAAGAGAUUACAUACAUGCACGGUUUAGUUUCUUUGAAUUUAUCAAGAAACAAUUUAAGUGGAGAAAUUCCUUCUGAUAUUGGGAAUUUAAGGUCACUAGACUCCCUUGACCUAUCAAGAAAUCAUUUGUCUGGAAAAAUUCCUCCCAGUCUUUCCAAAAUUGAUCGUCUUGCAUUGUUAGAAUUAUCAAACAACCAUCUCAGUGGAAGAAUCCCAUGGGGAAGACAAUUGCAAACCUUUGAUGCCUCUAGUUUUGACGGAAAUGUUGAUCUUUGUGGGGAACCGCUUGAAAAAAGUUGUCCUAGAGACAAGACAGUGACAAAGUCUAAUGGAGCAGAAGUCGAUGAUAAAGAGGAUAAUUCAGUUUUGUAUGAAGCAUUAUACAUGAGCUUGGGGAUAGAAUUCUUCACAGGCUUUUGGGGCUUAUUAGGUUCAUUAUUACUUUGGCAACCUUGGAGAAUUGCUUAUCUGAGGUUGAUGAACAGACUUAUAGACUAUCUACUUUUAAUGGUUGCAUUGAAUAUAGUAAAGUGCCAAAGAUGA